GGGCCGGGGUGCGGAGAGCGUCGUGACCGGCGGCGGUGGGGCGCGGCCCGGGGCGAGGUCGGUAGUUGAGUCGCGACAGACGGUUUGAACAGCGUCAUGCGCCGCAUCCCGCUCCCUUUCUAAGUCUCAGAGGCAGGGGAAGGAGAGGGAAGUUUCUGGCCGUCUCCACACACCGCUCUUAUUUUAAAUCCUUCUCUCUGAAGAACUUCAGGUCGAUCUGUUUUCCUGUGACACUGAUCCUCCCGAGCUCUGCCCGAGGCUGUCCUGCCGCUCCCUUACUGCUGCAGCGCACCAUUCCCUUUUGGUUGGAACUAAGAAAAGGACAAAUGUCCAGGUUUUGAGCGUCAAGCCAAUGUGAUGGGACCAAGCAACCCGACUAUGUCUGAUGCCACGUUUGCGUUCACUACCCAGCUGUACAGGAAUGAAGCAAAGUCUUUGCAAACACAGCAGCUCCAGUUUAAUAGAAAUGUGCCUGCAGUCCCAGAGAACUUGGCUCUCAGAUUCUCUAACCCCCGUCCAAUUAUAAUAGAAAAACUGAAGGCACCCAGUGAUCAGAAGAAUCUAGAUGGAAGUGAGGACCCCAGCAUAAGAAGCUCAGGCAUGUUUUCAGUGAUAUCUGAAGAGAGACUUAAGUUGGCUAUUCAGCUAGCCAAAAGGGACAUAAAACGAAGACAUCUUGAAGAGCAAGUGAAACGGCAAGUGUUUGGAGAUGCUGUCAAUAAACCAUUGUUGGCACAGAAGUCACAACAGCAGAAGACUGAAGUAUUUGUAAGUCCGGAAAAUAAAAAUGCACUGAAGUCUCAAACUUGCUUGAAAUAUCAGCAGAAACUCGGUCAGCCUUCCAAAGUGGAGACUACCACCUCUGGUGCUACAGUUUAUCUCUACACACCAAAUAAGGGGAAGCUAAGACCAGCUGGUUUUGACUCUCCACCCACCCAUGACAUAGAACCUCACCCCAAGCCAAAUGUAAAUAAAAAAGAAGAUAAAAGUAUGCAGGAAGUCCGACGGCUGCAAAAGGAAUUGAGAAGCUAUGUCCAGAAAAUUGAAGAACUGACAAAAAAAGGGAGAGAGAAAGAAAUUUUAGAUCCUGAUAAAGAGCAACAAGUUUACAGUAGGAGACAGAAACAAGCUGCCCGGUCAGCUCGGAUGCUGUAUGUACUCCAACAACAGGUAAAAGAAAUACAGGAUGAUUUAGAGAAACUGAGUCCUCAUAAAAUCAAACAUACUAAAAAGUCCCGAGCAGUAUCCCGGCUGGCGGCAGCACACAGAGGAGCUGUACGAGCCUUGCAGGCGUUUGCCAGUCACUUUACAGACCAGACAGGGCAGCAGAUUCCUACUCACUACAAGGAACUGGGCAGUCUCAUCCGACAACUGUCUCUCUGUUCUGCCAAACUGGAAGUGGAUUCUUCCAUUUCUGACAUUAUCAUAGAUAUUUUGCUGCAAGUUGAGGAUCUGGAUUCACUGCUGGAAAAGAAACAAACACCAAAAAAUGUGAAGAAAUGUAUUUCAGCAUCUCAGGGCAAAUCUCUGAGGAACACUGAGACAUUUCCAGCCAGAAAGCAGCUUAAAUCACCAAAAGGAGAAAACAAACCUCUCCUCUUAAAGGAUCAGCAUGGACAAGAGCCUAGAAAACCUCCAGCUGCCAGGAGUCUCUUGACUGCAGUUCAAGAAGCAAACAGUUGUGCUCGUGUAUUGCACAAUAAAUUCCAAGAAGAAAAUGCUCCACCUACUCCAGAGAGAAAUGCCAUUUCACAAGGAAGCACAGAUGCAUUGGUGAGAGCUAGAGCUGUAAAAAAAGAUCCCAUCCUUGAAAGUGGUCCUUUGAAGAAGAAAGGCGUGUUAUUACCUGCAAAAUCACAGGGAAUGCUGAUCAAGAAAUCAAGAAAGGUACAUCCUCAAGGGAAGCGGGCCCGAUUUCAGGAGACAACCAUAGCUUUCCAACUAAAAGAGAACAAACGACCUGCUAAGGAGAGCAGAAGACCCCUCCUUAGGGCUCCUCCUGAGCGACUAGCAUGCCUUGAAGCAGACACUUCAAGAAGAGUGAAGGUGCUAACUGACCUUAGCAGAGGAGAAAUAAAAAAGCCAGAAAAGUUAAGGUCACAAAGUGCUUCUCCAGCCCAGUGUGCAGACCAAGGUGAGAAGGCAGAACGGGAGCGCUCAGAACCUCUAUCAGAGAGGACCCAGACUGUCACCUUGAAGGAUUCCUCAUUUAUAAACCACCUUUCAACUCAUGCAGCCGAAAAGCAGGUUGCAGCAAAUGCAGAUAUUCUGAGUGAAAAGCUACUGGAUGAUCUUUUGGAAGAUACUGCUCAGGAAAUAUGGAGUAUGGAGCAGCAUGAGAGACUCCAGACCGAGGCUCUGCCUAUGGCUGACACUCAUAGCCUGGAGUCAAUGUUGCACAGAAUGGAAGAAAUUGAAAGAUACCAGGAGGCUGUACGCAGGAGAUUCACCCAGAUUGUGUACAGUGAUUGGCAGUUCUGGGGCCAGGAAGACAAAACGGAACAACAAGUUGCAUCAAUAGCUAAAAGACCUACAUCUCCUCAUCCAAUACAGAUAACUAAAUUGAUGGGACACACAGAGCCAGAAGCAAACAUUUUAUUUGAAAAACUUUUUGAUAGCAAUGAUACUGCUGAAAACAAAGAAGCAGAGGAGAAAUCGCAGACUGGAAAUGACAUUGUGCAGCCCUUGGCUGGGAAUUCUCUACGGAAGGAGUGCUCGGUGUGUCUCUCUGUGCCAGAGCAUAUGCUUCAGAGCAUCUUGGAUUACAGCAGCAGAUACAAGCAUCACUUAAAGCUUAUUUCCCACGAGGCGGUGGGCAGUUUCAAUCCCUGGCAGAUUGCUGAGAGUCUUGCAGAGCAGCUGACAGAAGAAGCCCUCUGUGAUGUGGCGGCAGAGCUGCAGGAUGUUUGUGAGGAUUACGCAGAAGCUGUGUUCACGUCAGAGUUUUUGCAGCCAGCACACUAAAUGCUUUCAAAUCCGCCCCAUUAUCAAAUGCAACAUCAGCCUCAGUCUUAACAGGCUUAUCAGAUGAUCCAAUUUUUCAUGUUUUUUUUAAGUCUGUGAGAUUCUGUUCACCAAAUGAAUUAAGUCUAUCAAGGAUUCAUCUCAGGUUUUUAUAAAACCAUUAUCAUAAUGUUUUCCUUUUCAGACUUUAUUGUACUGCAUUUAUCAGGACUUAAUUUUUUUAGCCAGUGCUUCAGUAGAAUGGAGUGAACUGUUUCAGGUGAAGUUUAUAUAUUUUGAUGGGAAUACCAACCCAUUUGUAUACCUAUAUUACUUCAUUCAUU